ACAUUAAACGGAAGCGGCGGGCGAAUUGCUUGUCCUUGCACAGGGAGUGAAGCGAGAGACGACCAUGGUGGCUCGAGUGUGGUCGCUAAUGAGAUUCCUCAUCAAGGGAAGUGUGGCGGGAGGAGCAGUCUACCUUGUUUAUGACCAGGAGCUACUGGGGCCUAGUGACAAGAGCGAGGCUGCCUUAAGGAAGGCGGAAGAGGUAGUGCCACCAGCGAUGUACCAGUUCAGCCAGUAUGUGUGCCAGCAGACGGGUCUGGAGAUGCCACAGCUCCCAGCCCCUCCAAAGAUUAACUUUAUGAACUUGCGUGACUCCUGGAACUCAGGCAUCAUCUCAGUCAUGGAAGCUCUGUCUGUGGCCCCCUCCAAGGCCCGAGAAUACUCCAAGGAGGGCUGGGAGUACGUGAAAGAACACAGCAAGUAACGGAUGCGACCUUCCCUGGUGUUAUGGGGACGGUCAAGACCAGGAUACCGCAGACCUGACCACAGUGGGAACUCCACUCUGAGGGCAGCUUCCAGCAUUGCUGGCCCAAUAAAGGACUUGGGAAUGGUCCCUGA